AUGAGCAACGAGGAAGCAGACAAUCAUCUUACCUAUACAUACGGAAGGCGUAGUUCAGAGUCCUCUGACACGGAGAAAGACAAAAAAGGAGUACAUACCUUUACUCUCAAGUCUGGGGAAAGCGAAAAGGAUACCAAUGGUGAAAAAGCUAAACCCGAUGACUUGGGACCACCUCUUCCUCAAAGGACUUUAUACUCUUUGUUCUUUGGACCAAGGACAAAAAUACCCAACGAUGCGAUAGCCACUCAGUAUUCCGUGUACGAUGAUCCCAAUGUACGAGAAGCGUAUUACCCUAUUGAUACCUAUGAAAAUAUACAUAGAUUCGACCCAUUUUUUCGAUGGAGCUGGGGAGAAGAAAAAUGGCUUGUUAGAAAAAUGGAUUUGUUUAUUAUGCUCUGGACAUGUAUUAUGUUUUUCGCACUUGAGCUGGAUCGUGCCAAUAUCAAACAAGCGCUGAGUGAUACCCUUUUGGGUGAUUUAGGCAUGACCACAAAUGAUUAUAAUAACGGAAUGAUUGUUUUUUAUUGUUCCUUUUUACUUGCAGAAUUGCCAUCACAACUCAUUAGUAAACGUGUUGGUCCUGAUCGCUGGAUCCCCACUCAAAUCACGCUUUGGAGUAUUGUGACAAUAUUUCAAUUUUUCUUAAAAAAUAAAGCUUCCUUUUAUGUGACCCGAGCCUUGCUUGGUAUUUUAGAAGGAGGAUUCAUUCCGGAUGUUGUUUUGUAUUUGUCUUAUUACUACACAGGUUCUGAGUUGAACCUUCGCUUUUCCUUCUUUUGGAUUUCCAAUUCCCUUGCUGAUAUUUUCGCUGCUUUUUCUGCCGUCGGCAUUCUCAAACUAGGUGGUCACCAUGGGUAUGCUGGUUGGCGCUACCUCUUUUUGAUUCAAGGUAUUAUUACCCUGUGUAUUGGUGUAUUGUCCUACGGUAUGAUGCCUUCUGGACCCACUGCCACUGCCUCUUGGUUCCGCGGGAAAAAAGGUUGGUUUAGUGAACGACAAGAGAAAAUCAUUGUCAAUCGAGCAUUACGAAACGAUCCUUCGAAAGGUACUAUGCACAAUAGACAAGCAUUAACUCCCAAGCUUUUCUGGAAAGCCCUCUGCGAUUACCAUUUGUGGCCUCUGUAUGCAAUUGGAAUUUGCUUCAAUAUUCCAUAUCUUCCACCAAACUCCUAUUUAACAUUAAGCUUGAAAAGCCUUGGAUUCUCAACUGUCAAAACCAAUUUACUCGUCCUUCCCUCCAUAUUUCUAACCAUCAUCAAUUUGUUGGGAAUUACCUUUUUUAGUGAAUUGAUUGGAGAGAAAUCAAUUGUUUGCAUGGGUCCUCAGUUUUAUGUACUACCUUUGCUGAUCGCUUUGUAUGUCUUACCAGGGUCUACCAGCAAGUGGGUAUUGUAUGUACUCUCUACUUUAAUUGUUGGUACACCAUAUGCGCAUGCCUUGCAGGUGGGAUGGAAUUCUCAAAAUUCAAAUUCUGUUCGUACCCGAACCGUGUCUGCUUCACUGUAUAACGUUUCAGUUCAAAUCGGUAGCAUUGUGUCUUCCAUGAUUUAUCGGGCAGAUGAUGCCCCUCGCUACAGACGAGGAAACCGCGAUCUCAUUGGCAUUACUUGCCUUAACGUUGUUAUUUAUUUAUUUACAAAAUUCUUCUAUGUCUACAUAAACAAAAAGAGAGACAAAGUAUGGAACGACAUGACGGAGGAGGAGAAAAAAUAUUAUGUGGAGAAUACUACAGACGAAGGAAACAAAAGAUUGGAUUUCCGGUUUGUGCACUAA